UCCAUAAUUUUUUUAGAGUAAUACACACUAGAGAGUUCUCCCAUUUCCUAUGUCUUUGUUCUUGUUCUUUGCUUGCAAGUGAGUUGAGAGAAAGGCUGCCUAGCGCUCUAACGGAAUUGAGAGCUAGGGCCGCACGAUCGAGAGUAAGGUUGUGACAAGUGGUAUCAGAGCCCGUUCGGCUUUGUGCUAGCAAAGUAGAAGCAAUAGCCAGACGAAAAGGAAGAGCCUCACCAAAAAUGUCGGGAUCAGAAGUCAAUGACGACAAUGAGAAGCAGCGUGGCAGAGAGCCUACCCCAGGCGGGAGGUCAAAAGGCACGUCGAGCACUCGUGAUCCUCUCAAGUCUUUAGAGAGGCGAGUCUCGAGGAUGGAGGUGAAGCUUUCCGAAGAUGUCACCGCCAUCGAGGAUUUGGGAGCUAACUUCGCCCAAGUCCAAGGUGAUGUUCAAGGUAUGAAUGCUCGUUUGUCGAGCUUGGAGAUUGGUCAUGAUGGCAUACGGGAAGAGCUUGUGGCCCUCAUCACCAACACCAUCAACGCAUCCUUGAACAACGCCAUUGAAGUUGUGAAAGAGCAUGUCCAGGCUGAGCUGGUCGGCGUGACGGAGGAGAUUGCAGAUCUUAAGAGUGAGGUCACUCUCGUGAAGAGAUCCAUGGCUAGCGGACCAGCCCCGGUGCAAUCCGUCCCACGUGUUGAUGUUCCAAGACCGAAGAGCUUCGGAGGUUCAAGGAACGCGAGGGAGUUAGAGAACUUCCUUUGGAGUCUUGAGAAGUACUUCAAGGCAUAUGGAAUCCAAGAGGAUGAGGUAAAACUUCGAACCGCUCCACUAUACUUGGUUGAUGUUGCAAUGGUGUGGUGGAGGCGACGUGAAGCGGACGUCGAAAGAGGUACUUGUGUGAUGGUAAGGUGGGAAGAUUUCAAGAGAGAAAUCAAGAAGCAGUUCUACCCAGAGAACGUGGAGUUUGAAGCCCGUUCGAAGUUGAGAAGACUCACCCAGAGGGGUGUAGUUCGAGAAUAUGUGAAAGAAUUCUCGGAGCUGCUUCUAGAGAUCCCGGACAUCACGGACAAGGAGGCCAUGCACGACUUUCUUGAUGGGCUGCAACUAGGGCUGUUAAUCGGUCUCCGGUUUUUCGGUUAACCCGUCAACCGAACCGAAACCGUCGGUUUGAUGGCCAACCGAAAACCGAGAAUGGGUUGCGGUUUGCGGUUGCCUGUUUCCGGCUUGGUUCAGAAUGUAGCGGUUAGGGGUUAAAAACCGCAACCAAACAUACUAACCGCCAAAACCGACCCAAUCAGUCAAUUCGGUGUCGUUUCUCUUUGGGCGACCUCUUCUCUUCUCGGCCACCCAGUGCUCCGCCUCCCCUGACCUAAUUCUAAAUCCCAAAUCAAAGACGAAGGAGGCGAGGCGAUAUCAGAAAGAAUCUCAGACGCCGCUCCUCCGCCUCCCCAUUUCUGAACGGCUGAACCCUAGCCUCGCCGUCAAGCUCGUCGCAGCGCCAUCCUCCCGCUCCCGGCCUUCUUCACGUCGCCAUCCUUCCGCUGACCAACGCUGCUCCGCCUUCUUCCCCCAUCUAAUCUGGCGGCGGUGGAGAUGAGAGUGGAGCAAAGGGGCUUUGCCAGCAGGACAAUCAAAUCCUCUCCGGCGUCGAGAUCAAUUAGCCGAGCACCAUGCAUGUCCUCCGCCGAUGGACCCCUACCGAAAUUGUCGCCUCUGCCGAUAAGAAAGCGAUGAUGUCAAGAUCCGGCCACUUUUGGUUUUGCUCCAAGGCAAAGAAGAGAAGGUAGACCAGCGAAGAUAGAUGGAAGGAUUCAGAGCGGAGGAAGAAGUCGACGGGAAUUGAUGAUUUUCUUGGAAUUUUGGUGAGGGUAGAGGGUGGCAGAGAGAGCUUGCGAUAGAAAUGGAGAGGUUAAAGAGAGGGGUUUUCUUUUGGAGAGAGGAUAGGGUAACAGAGAAUGAGAUGGGGAGAAGGAUCGAGAAUGCUAGAGGGUUGGAAUUAAUGUUUUAUAUUUUU